AUGCAACAAUCGUCAAAACCACUUAAGUCAGAAUCAAUAAUUGUGUUGAUUCUUAUAGUAGGGAUACUUGUUUAUUGUUGUUUCUUUGUUCAGCAAGGUCAGAAGGUUGAUAAGGAUGAAACACAUGAAAACAAAGACCCUAAUGAAUAUUUGCCUCCUACAAGAUAUGAUCCUUGUGCAGAUUAUGAUAAGCUUGCGUUGGAGACAUUUUACAAAAAUAAUCCGGGAGAUCCGUUUGCUGAGGAAAUAAAAAAAAAUAAUUGA